CAUACGUUUAAAUCUCUGUUUCCAUAAGUCUUACGAUACAGUGAAGACAUAUUUAUCGUUUAUAACACCCAAGUGUUUAUUGCGUUGGUUAUCUGCUUCGCAUGAUGUGGCUUUCCUUUUGCUUAUGAAACUAUGUUGGCAUACCUGUUCGGUGAUGUACUGCAGUUUUCAAUCGUCAAUGUUAUAGCAUACGUAGGCUGUUCUUUUACAAGAACGAAGGAAGUGUUGGAGAGAAGUGUUUGCAGAAUUGUCAACGAUGAAAGAAUUGGCAAGGAGACAUAUUCCUAAAUACUGGAGAGUGCGGCGGUCUGCUGAAGUUGUAGAAGAGGAACUCAGUGAUUAUGAAGAUUUAGACAUAAUAGAUACGAUGCCAUAUGAUUUGGAUAUCACAUCUGUUGUGAAAGUUAAGAAUCCUUAUUUGUGGAGCUGCUACCAGCUAAAAAAGGCAGAGUACAGGAAACGAUAUGGCCACGUGUCAGAAGUAACAUUGUAUCAUGCAACAGCAGAAGACAAUGUACAAUCCAUCAUUAGUGUGAACUUUGAUUGGAGGUUUUCUGUACGAACAAAAUUUGGCAGAGGUGUUAGCUUCAGUCCAGAUCCUAAGUACGCUAAUAGACAUUGUAAUAGCAAUGCUGGCUGUGCGAGAGCUAUGAUAGUUGCAAGUGUACUGGUAUCAAAUAAAUGCCAGGGUUCAUACUCUACUAAGAUACCCACCAAAGGUUGUGAUACAACUGUUGGGAACAAGGACAAAGUUUAUGUCAAGUAUUCUGAUAACGAGUUUUAUCCAGAAUAUGUAAUAUAUUAUAAUGAUGAUUCAGAGCUAUACUGAAUGAUAGAUUUUAAUUGGCAGUGAUUCUUCCAUGUUUGUAUGUGUUUUGUGGAAUAUAAUUCUGGGAUUUACAAUAUUUUUUUUCUAUCUCAAGUUUAGUGCCAGUAUAUUCUUACCCUAUUUACAUAUUGAAAAAAAUCUAUGGAAAAUGUGUCAUAUAUCUUAAA